AGAGGAGCGUUGGAAAUGGGCACUUCACUGAUUCACUCCAGGAGAACGCCUGCUCUGUGGCAGACCCCGUGCGGGCUCCGGGGCCCAGAUAGCAGUGACGGCCCACACUUCUUAAUAAGCUUCCCCUGGUGGGGAUUCCAGGGCCCUGCGACAGGGGGCUGUGGGCCAGCCUGGAAGGCACUGGACUGGACUCCCGGUGCCGCCUGGACUGGAGAGGUGGAGGGACAUUCCAGGCGAAGGGGCAGCAAGGGGGUGAGCCUCCAGCCCCAGCUGGCCAGCGUGACCUUUGCCACCAACAACCCUACCCUCAGCACGGUGGCCUUGGAGAAACCCCUCUGCAUGUUCGACAGCACCGAGGCGCUCCACGGCACCUACGAGAUUCAUCUCUACGGCCUGGUCGACUCGGGCAGCCUCAGGAACGCCUCCGUGCAGGACGGGGCCCAUGCCCCGCUGAGCGCCACCUUCCAGGAGACGGGCGGAGGGAGGACAGGCCCCUACAGGGCUGCGGCCUUUGACCUGACCCCCUGUAGCGACCUGCCCAGCCUGGAUGCCGUGGGGGAUGUGUCCCGGGCCUCGGAGAUCCUGGAUGCCUACCUGUUCCGGGUGGGCGCCAAUGGGACCUGCCUGUCCGACCCUAACUUCCACGGCCUCUGCAACCCGCCCCUGUCAGCCGCCACGGAGUACAGGUUCAAGUAUGUGCUCGUCAACGUGUCCACGGGCUUGGUGCAGGACGAGACCCUGUGGUCCGACCCCAUCCGCACCCGCCGGCCCACCCCGUACGCGGCGAUCGACACGUGGCCCGGCCGGCGGAGCGGCGGCAUGAUCGUCGUCACGUCCAUCCUGGGCUCCCUGCCCUUCUUCCUGCUCCUGGGCUUUGCCGGCGCCGUCGUCCUGAGCCUUGUGGACGUGGGCGGUUCUGACGGGGAAACCACGCACGACUCCCAGAUCACCCAGGAGGCCGUCCCCAAGUCCCUGGGGACCUCGGAGCCCUCCUACGGGGCUGUGACCCGGCGGCUGCCCCUGGACAGGGCCGAGGCGUACGGCGGCAAGCUCCAGGCCUGAGCGGGGCGCCAGCCGGCAGCCCUCUCCCCAGGACAGCGGGUGUCCGGGUGUCCACCCCCGAGCCCACCCGCCGUGACACCGGGCCGGGGGUCCAACGGCAGGAACACUUUCGAUCAAUAAAGUCUUCCCGAGGAUUUGGG